AGGGCAGGGUCAAGGGCAGUGCCUUCAGCAGCUGACACUGCGCAUGCUCAGUGCGAGCCCCAGCGAGCGCGGCCGCCCCGGCGGGUGUUUGCAGGAGACCCGGGAAGGGGCUGGAGCAGCUGGGGCGGAGGCAGGAAAAUCCUGCGGCAGCUCCGGGCUGGGCAAUACAAGGCGCUGCUCCCCCCAUGGGGUCUGUGCUGGGGGGGCGUCAUUAACCCCUCCCUGCCCGGCCGGGGGGGACGUUCCCCAGCUGGGACCAGCCCCCUGGGCAGCCCCGGGCCGGAGCCUGCAGGGUUUCCAAAUCUGAUGUGAUCUUCCAGCUACAAAGCUACAAUGAGAGGAGGAGCCGUGGGUCAGAGAUCUCAGGACCCAGAAGAAAGACAGUUCAUGAUAUUUGCCUGCAUAGCAGAUGUGGGAUGGUGAUUCAGAAUGAGAACCAGAAUCCUCAGCAGAAGGAUGCUAAGCAAGUGGAAACACGUAACAUUCUUGCAAGGAUCCAAAGGGAAUGUGUUCGUGAGUCAUGAGAGGGAAAACGCCAGUGAGCGUCAGCACAAGCCAGAGAUGCAGCAGGAAAACCAACCAGGUGAGAGAGUGGGUAAAUCCAUCAGUUGCUGGGAAACUCAAAAAGACCUCCAUGAAACCCCAGCCCAGCAGAGAAACCUCAUGGAAGAGAGAAAAAAUUCAUGUAUUGAGUGUGGGAAAAACUUCAGUAACCACUCAGGCCUUAUUAAUCAUGAGAGAAUUCACACAGGGGAGAGACUUUAUGAAUGUGAUGAGUGCGGGAAAAGUUUCAGUCAGAGCUCACAUCUUAUAAGACAUCAGAGAAUGCAUACGGGAGAGCGACCGCAUGAAUGCAGUGAGUGCGGGAAAACCUUCAGUAACCGCUCAGAUCUUAUUAGACAUCAGAGAAUCCACACAGGAGAACGACCGUAUGAAUGCUGUGAGUGUGGGAAAACCUUUAGUAAUCGCUCAGAUCUUAUUACACAUCAGAGAAUGCACACGGGAGAGAGACCCUAUGAAUGCUGUGAGUGCGGGAAAACCUUCACACAGAGCUCACACUGCAUUCGACAUCAGAGAAUCCACACAGGAGAGAAACCCUAUAAAUGCUGUGAGUGCGGCAAAAGGUUUGCUGACAGUUCAGCCCUUACUAAUCAUCAGAGAAUUCACACAGGAGAGAGACCCUAUGAAUGCUUUGAGUGUGGGAAAAACUUCAUUGAUGGCUCAGCCUUUACGAAACAUCAGAGAAUGCACACUAACGAGAGACCCUAUGAAUGCUGCGAGUGCGGGAAAAACUUCAGUGUGAGCUCGGCCCUUAUUAGACAUCAAAGGAUCCACACAGAAGAGAGACCGUACAGAUGUUCUGAAUGUGGGAAAGGCUUCCAUCAGCGCUCAGCCCUUAUUUAUCAUCAGAGAAUCUGCAAGGGGGAUAAACACCAUCUAAACCUUGUCUAGGGCUAAAAAAAAUGUUUUCUUUAAUCAUUUUCCUAAUUCCCACAUAGUGAAUUUUAAGGCUGUUGACGCCGUUUGAUUCACUGUGGUCCCUCAGUGAGUUGUGUGCCUAGUAUCAGGAAUCCCCACCAACCCCAGCUGGGAGAGAGACGGGUGACCUUGACUAGCCACAUCAAGUUAAAAUGUAUCUGGGCCUCAUCUCUACUAGGAUUUUCCAUGGCGUUAGCUCAGUUGGGUUAGCUGUCCUGAUGUAAAACCACAACUAGUCUUGCAGUAAAGAUAUAGCCCCGUAUAUAGUGCCCAGGAGUAUGUAGCACAUUUCCUCAUGACCUGACCUAACUUCCAUCAUUUUUCCUAGUCUAAACAGACCAGGAGCACAUAUUUCUACUCUUCUUCCCACUGCAAAGCAGUCUAUUAAAGUCCCCAAGUUCCCCUUUUGGGCAAAAAUUGUCUCAUUCUCAGUUGUCCUCAUGUUGCCCUGUUGGUUGCUGAACAGCUGUCAUUUUUAGUACCAUUUCCUUCCUUCCCCAUCACCCCAGCAGUGUUACCUUCUGUCUGAUCCUUGUGGAGUUUAUCUUCUUCACGUUCUGCAGAGUGUCAGUUUAUGCAAUAUUCUCCACUCUCUGUGCUAUGAUUUCUUUGAUCCUAAAUCAGACUCUCUGGAGCUGGAGAUGAAAGUGUCACAGACUUUAAAGGAGACUUUAAAUUGAUCUGAAACUCGGUGUGAUCGUUCGGAAUUUAAAUCCCACUUUUCCUUUAUUAGCAAAGCCACUUUUAGGGCUGAGUUGGAAUUGUUUCCAGAUGGGAAGAUUGGCUAUUUUUUCCCCAUUACGAGGCUAAAACUUUCUUAAAUAACAUGACUCAAUAAUAAUGAGACAGUGCUGAGUGAAGCAGGUUUGAACGGAUCAGAGGAGAAUGAGAUGGGAGAAUCUGUGGUCCUGGUUCUGAGUCAUCAGAUAUAAGCUGCUCUGAAAUUUCACUUAAUAUAAAACUGGAAGUGUUAUAUUCCUCUUUGUAAUGUGGGUUUUUCUCUUUCCUGGAGGCCGUUUGGUCACAUCACUAGAUAUUAAUUUUGUUUGACAGAAUGUAGCUCAGAAUUAUGGGGCAUUUGGAGACAUAUAACCAUUUGCUAAAAUUGCUUUUUACUUUCUUUUUGUUCUUUCCCCCCGUCCCUUC